AUCUGAUGGAAGUUAGCUUUGAAAGUUGUACACCUCUCUAACCAUGUUUUUUUUUUUAUUUCGAAACAAAUGCUCAGCCCUCUCGAGAUCGCCAAUUUUCAAUUGAUGGCAACAGUCGCGCGCUCGUAUUCGGACAAAGCGUUUGUCCUCAGUAUGGCUGCAACCUCAGGCGAUAUUUGUAGACCCGGCCCCGUGUACAUGGUUUCUCAAUGUGGCCCCUAUCUGACAAAUAACAUCGUGAAUUUUGCGAUUUUAUUGAAAUGUAAACGAAACAGCUUGGACCUAAACUUUGAGUUCUCGCAAACUCGAAAUAAGACUUGUUAUGCUUUUGAUACGGAAGGGCGUAAAACGUUGAUUUUUUUCAUUGAAUACAAAUAACUUGGCCUUUACAGUGUUACGCUCGACUGCUUCACUUUUUUUCCACACUCUUUACAGCUGAAUUGUGAACCAGUCACCAAUUGCACUUACAUAUUUAUUGCCCCAUUGCAAAGGUUACGAAAGAGGAGAACUUACAUUUUGAAGACAAAUGAGACAUUACAGGUCUUUUCAAAUGGUUAAACGCCCUCAAACAGGUACCAUUAAGAGCGCUUUCAACCACACAUUGCUGAAAUGACACGAGCUACUAAUACUACAACGGAAAAAAGGUCCCAAAUAUUUUUGCCAAAUAUUUUCUUCAAAUGUUUUUCUGUUGCUCUGGUAUGUAUUAUCUCUUUCUGUGUUGGCUACUUCCUGAAUUCGAGUUAUUCGACCAAACAUCUAGAGAUUGGAACGAAAACAAAUCCGAUUGAACGGAGAAAUUCGCGUCACUUGCGUCCUUAUCGAGAGCAACUCUUGGAUUCGUUCAAGGCAGAAAAUUUAGAAGAAACGUUAAGGUAUUUCUCCAAGGAGCCACAUCUCGCUGGUUCAAAACGCAACAACGACUUAGCGCACCACAUUGCUACUAAAUGGCGAGAGUAUGGCUUUGAUGAAGUUACAAUGCCAAAGUAUGAUGUGCUCAUGAGUUCACCUAAAAAAGAUCGGAAGAGCCAUGUGGAAAUUCAUCGUAAUGGUCGUGUGAUCUUUAAAUCACAGUCUCAUGAAAAGGUUUUACGUGAAGAUGAAAAGAAAAGUAAAGAUAUCCCAAUUUUUCUUGGUUAUUCUCCCAGUGGGGUAGUGGAAGGUGAAGUUGUCUAUGCCAACUUUGGCACUGAAGACGAUUUUGAGAAACUGACAGCUAUGGGAGUGUCUUUGAAAAAUAAGAUUGUUAUAGCGCGACAGGGACAAGUAUUUAGAGGAAACAAGGUCUUCAAUGCUCAUUCACACGGCGCCUCUGGGGCCCUCAUAUACACUGACCCUGCGCAGUUUGCACCAGAGGGAGACGGAAACACUUUUCCCAAAUCCUGGUGGCUUCCAGACUCCGGCACACAGCGUGGGUCAGCGAUGAGUGAAACGGGGCCUGGUGACCCACUUACCCCGGGCUUUCCUUCUGUGGAUGGUAUAUACCGACAGCCAUUGAACGAAAGUGGCUUACCACCAAUUCCUGCCUUUGCUCUAUCUUAUGGCGACGCCAAGGAAAUAUUAAAGCGAAUGAAAGGUCCUGAAGCCCCGAAGAGCUGGCAAGGAGGCUUGCAACUCACUUAUCACGUCGGGCCGGGUUUUAAAGACGAAGAUCUUUCAUUACGCUUGGAUAUUAGGAACAACAUGGAGAAUAAAACCAUUACCAACGUCAUUGGCCAGAUCAGAGGCGCCGUAGAACCCGACCGUUAUGUACUCAUAGGGAACCAUCGGGACGCUUGGGUGUUUGGUGCUGCUGAUGCAGUUAGCGGUACGGCUGCAAUGAUGGAGUUGUCUCGUGGUUUGGGAGAGCUUCUUAAAACGGGAUGGCGACCUCGCCGGACCAUAAUGCUCUGCAGCUGGGACGCGGAGGAGGUGUUUGUGGUUGGAUCAGCCGAAUGGGUUGAAGAAAAUGCUCGAACUCUUCAAGAUCGCGCUGUUGGUUACCUCAACAUGGACGUGGCUGUCAAUGGCAAUUUCAGUAUCAACGUUGAUGCAAAUCCUCUACUCCAAGACGUGGCUGUAUCGUUGACCAAAGAAGUAUGUGAUCCAACAGUUUCGGACACUUGCAGAAGCAUGUACGAUGUCAUGUUAGAGAGAGAUGUUACGAAACACGAGAACGGGAUCCCAUUCUGCGAUAAUUUGUCGUUCGGAAGUGAUUACGUGUCGUUUUAUCAUUUCAUCGGAGUCUCUUGUGCGGAUUGGUCUUACAUUUUCGGGGGGUUGUAUGGAAUAAGGCGAUCGUAUCCAGUUUAUCAUUCCAUUCACGAUUCAUAUUACUGGAUAAAAACCUUUGUCGAUCCCGAGUUUAAGACUCACCUAGCCGUAACAAAAUAUGCAGGGAUUUUUCUUCUUGAAUUAGCAGACGUGGAGCUCUUGCCUUUCAACACUACAACCUAUGCAGAACUGUUACAGAAAAAAUCCACUAUUAUAGAAAAGAGCAAACAUCUCAAAACACACAGCAUCAGCACUGCUGCCUUCUCUCGCGCGGUAAAGAACUUCGCAAAAGUUGCGCGUCAGUUUGAAAGCAGUAAGUCAAAACAUAAACCAGAGAGCUACCGCACGUUAAACGAUCAAAUGAUACAACUAGAGAAGGCGUUUAUUCAAACUGUGGAAGUGAAUGAUCAUAAACAAUUACGACAUGUUAUAUACGGUCCAAAGCUUGCUAAUCUUUACGGCGGUAUCUAUUUCCCACGCGUACAUUAUGCCACGAUGAAGGCCGAAAAGACGGGAGACUGGAAAUCGGUGGAGAAAGAAAUAUCACUUUUGACAUUUGCCAUAAACUCAGCCUCGAGGGUUUUGAAACCGAUAUGAUAAACAAGAAAGCUGUAAAAUAGUAUUAAAUUUGUCAUGUGAAGAACUACCGUGGAUAAAUUUGAAUUUUUUUCUAAGCCGUUUUGUUCAUGCUAGUUAGAAAUUUGCUACGUUCUUUUUCGGCAUUUUCGCCGACCCAUGCUCAUUUGAGAUUUGUCACAAAGCAAUUGUGAAAAAAGCCAGUUUAAAUUCAUUGGAACUGAAGAAGCUAGUCAAUAAAGAAGUUAAUAUUUGACAUAAAAAAUAUCUUGUAGAAUGUA